AUGGCCGCUGCAAAGUUGGCUGCAGACCAAAGUCUGCAAAGCCUCGCUCUGGAGGGCGAGGAGCUGGGGAGAAAGGGUGCCCAGAGGUUGUCCCGGGCUCUGCUGACCCACGGCGCGCUCCGGGAGCUGGAUGUGGCUUGUGGCAACAUUGGCGAUGCCGGCAUGGCCUACCUCGCCGGAGCCAUUCAGAGGAGUGCCACAUUGGAGGCAGUGAACCUCCGAAACAACAGCAUCGGUGGCAGCGGCUGCGCUGCGUUGGCAGAGGCCCUCCUGGGUGCGCAGUCCGGCUAUGGCAGACUCACAGAGCUGAACUUGAGCCACAACCCGCUCGGCGAUGAAGGCAUCUUGGCCAUCGCCAAGGUCCUCGGCCAGGGCGGCGCGGCGCUCCGGGACUUGGACCUCUCAAGUGCCAGGUCUGCAGCGGAGCAUGCCUGGGAGCAGUUCGGAAUCGCCCUAAGCGGUUGCCGCUUGGCAUCAUUGAAGCUCCGGCAGAACCCCGCCAUUGGCGACGUUGCGGCGGAGGCUUUUGCUCAGUCGCUCGCGAAGCCAGACUGUUCGCUUUCAGAGAUCGACCUCUCCUUCUGCGGCCUAAGAUCCGGCUGUGCACGGCUCAUUGGUGCCGGCCACUCCCUGCAGCAGCUACGGCUCUUCGGUAACGUGGCCGGGCCGGAAGCCGCAGAGGCAUUUGGCUUGGCAGCGGGGGCUGGCGCCCAGCUCCAGGACCUGGACCUGUCGCGCUGCCACUUGGGUGGGAGCGCCGGUGCGGCGAUGGCCGCCGCGCUGCGCUGCAGCGCAGCGGCGGAUGUGUCUUUGCAGGAGCUGCACUUGGACCGCAAUGCCCUGGGUGCCCAGGGCGUCGUCGCCUUGGCUGAGGCCUUGGGAGCUGGUUGCCAGCUCAGGGCGCUGACCUUGCGCGAGAACCGCUGCGAAGAUACGGGCGCCGGCGCGAUCGCUGAGGCACUGGGCCACAACCGGUCUCUAAAGGAGCUCGACCUUGCAGACAAUGAGGCGGAUGGCGGGGCCGGGGGGCCAACAUUUUACGACAUGCGGUACGGCGUAUCUAGUUAG